UUGUUUUAACAGCUCCUUGUGUUCACAGAGUGCCUCUCUGCUACCCCCUGGUGACCAUGUGGAGCGUGGUGAUCCUGGCCCUGACCUCCGUGGCCCUCAGCUCGGCGGACUCUGACACGCAGAGACUCCGACACGACUCCAACUUGGAGAUCUACAAGCGGCUGUUUGAGACGAAGAGGAAAGAUCAGCUGAACGCCCUGAAGAAUCUGGUGGAGCUGAACGACAUCAACCAGCAGUACAAGAUCAUAGACAUCAUGCUCAAGGGGCUUUUCAAGGUGUUGGAGGAUUCCCGACAAAUCCUGGUCGCAGCCAACAUGCGGCCCAAUGAUCCCUUCCCUCUGGACGAUAAGAUCAAAGAAGCUUACUCGCAUGUGGUGGAGAACACGGCGUUUUUCGGCGACGUGGCGCUGCGCUUCCCACGCAUCGUCCACCACUACUACGACCGCAACUCCGACUGGGGAGGCCUGCUGCGCUGGGGGCUGAAUUUCUGCAACCAGACGGGAGUCUUCACAGGAGGAGCCCACCAGCAUGUCCUCACACUCAUGUCACAGGAGCUGGGAAUAACGGAGAAAUCCCCGGACUUUAUAAAUCCAUACCGCACAGAGAGAGACGACGUUCUUCACACAGCUGAAGCCUUCCAGAAGAUCCUAAGGGAGGAGGAGAAGAGGAGGAGGAAGGAGGAGAAAAGGAAAGAAAUCCGGAAAGGUCCCCGCAUCUCCCGCUCUCGCUCUGAGCUAUAGCGCUACUCACCAGUGAGGAGCAGGAGAAAAGGAGUGGAAGAACCAGGGGGAGUUUGCACAGGUCCACAUGGAGUGGCCUGACAUGUAGACUGAGAUGACGGUGAAGGAAACAAAAGCUGCCGUCUGUUGUACAAAAACGAAGGUGCUGUGAGGAAAAGAACAGAUGAGCCCUCAAUGUGACCGGAUGAGGUGGUUAGUCAGGUUCUGAUCGAGGCUUGAACUGCUGUGCACCAGCAGGGAUUUCUAAUUGGAGAAUCUUAUUUGUUUUACAAGAUCUUUCUGGGGAAAAAAAAAAGAAAGCUGGUUUCAAUUUUAGAGGCGACAGAUUUAUCCCCCCGGUAAAGAUAUGAAAUAAAUCAACCUUUUUUUCUUUAUUUCAAAUUUAUUAUGACCAUGAACUCUGAGGGUCACAGAUCCUCUGUCAUACUUGUCUGCAGGAAUAUUUUUUUGUUUCAUGCAAAAACCUGCUUUCAGUCUUUGCUGCUGUGAAGAUACACCUCAGUUUGACUUGACCAAAGCACCACAUCCUAAAAAGGACUUUAAAAAAGUAGUUUUUCCUAGUAUUGCCUCUAAACAACUGGUUUACAAGCAGAAAGUCACAGAUUCAAAGUCCCCUAAAACUCUGAAUGCUUUAAAAAUUAAAGAACAAAAAAAA